ACCACAGGGGCCCCUGCUGCCUAUAGCCUCUUAACCACACAGCACCAUGGAUAAGUGUGGACGCCCUGGAUUCAGACCCCAGCUUUGCCCUUGGCCAGAAUACCUGGCUUUGCUGUGACUGCUUCCCCGUCUACAACAUGGGGGAGUGUCCAUCAGGAGAGCUUCACCUCCUUGAGUAUUAAAGCCUAACAGUACUGAGCUAUUUGCCUGUCAAAAUGUCUGCAAAAUUGGGAAAGUCAUCAUCACUCCUAACAAAAACUUCAGAGGAGUGUAAUGGGAUUCUGACAGUGAAGAUGGAAGAGGAAGAGCAGACCUGUGAUCUGGACUCUAGCCUCCACUGGAGCAGCAGCUACAGCCCAGAGACCUUCCACCAGCAGUUCAGGCAGUUUGGCUACCAGGAUUCACCUAGGCCCUGGGAGGCUCUGAGCCAGCUCCGGGAACUUUGUCAUCUCUGGCUGAGGCCGGAGGUGCACACCAAGGAGCAGAUCCUGGAGCUGCUGGUGCUGGAGCGGUUCCUGGCCAUCCUCCCAAAAGAGCUUCAGGCCUGGGUGCAGAAGCAUCAUCCAGAGAAUGGAGAGGAGACGACUGUGCUGGAGGAUGUGGAGAGAGAGCUUGAUGGACCACAGCAGAUCUUUUUUCGACAAAGGAAGGACAUGAUUGCAGAGAAGCUAGCACCUUCAGAAAUCACUGAGGAAUUGCCAAGUAGCCAGCUCAUGCCUGUGAAGAAGCAGCUCCAGGGAGCAUCAUGGGAGCUUCAGUCCUUAAGACCACAUGAUGAAGACAUCAAAACUAUAAAUGUGAAAUCUUCUUUAAGGCAAAAGACUUCUUUAGGCAUAGAACUGCAUUGCGAUGUUUCCAACAUCCUUCAUAUGAAUGCCUCCCAGAUUUCCACAUAUAGAGGAACCUAUGAACAAGAUGGUAGAUUUGAAAGGAGACAAGGAAACCCUUCUCCGAAAAAACAACACAAAUGUGAUGAAUGUGGCAAAAUCUUUAGUCAGAGCUCAGCCUUUAUUUUACAUCAGAGAAUCCACAGUGGAGAGAAACCUUAUGCGUGUGACGAGUGUGCAAAGGCAUUCAGCCGAAGCGUGAUUCUGAUUCAGCAUCGAAGAACCCAUACUGGUGAGAAGCCCUGCAAGUGUCAUGACUGUGGCAAAGCCUUUAGUCAGAACUCGAAUCUUUUUAGACAUAGGAAAAGACAAAAAGUCCCAUAAGUAUCAUGAGGGAAUCAAAGCAUAUACUCAGAGCUAUUUCAGCACAAUGGAAGACACAAGGUGCAAAUGCUCCUUAGUAUAAAGCAGUGGUCUUAGUAAGCACCAGUCUCCUUUCAAGAAUCAUGAAAGCCACAGGAGAGAAGGUUGAAGAUCUCAUGUCAGCAUUAUUUGCUUUUCUGCUUAUCAAUGCAGUCUCAAUUCUGAUGUUUGCAAUUCCAAAGCUUAAUUCAGAUUUCCAUCCCUAUGCAGCCCUUGAAAAGGCAUUCUCAAUGUUCUACUAUUUUCAUUAUUAACACACAUAAUGAACUAGUAUAUAUCUUUUUAGACAAGUGUGUUUUUUCCCUCAUUGAGAAGGAAUGUGUGAGUUACCCUGUGUAAAAAUAGACAUUCUCCUCCAUUUCAUAACUUGAGCACUAGAAUUCUAAAGACCAAAAAUUAAAGCACUCAAAAAAAAUUCCUGGCUGGGUGCGGUGGCUCAUGCCUGUAAUACUAGCACUUUGGGAGGCCCAGGCGGGCAGAUUGCCUGAACUCAGGAGUUCAAGACCAGCCUGGACAACACGGCGAAACCCUGUCUCUACUAAAAUUCAAAAAUUAGCCAGGCAUGGCAGCGUGCACCUGUAAUCCCAGCUACUAGGGAGGCUGAGGCAGGAAAAUUGCUUGAACCCCUCGGACAGAGCAAGACUCAGUCUCUAAAAAAAAUAAAUAAAAAUAAAAAACAAUUCCUAUUUUGUCUUCUGUUAUCAGAUUCAAAAUAUGAACAUAUGAUUGCAGAGGCCCAAAAGAAUUUGUACUUCAAGACUAGGCUGAAGUGUCCCAGGUCACUUUCAGGAGGCAGAUAAAUAAAGGGCCUUAAUCUUUUAUGAAAGCACACGAGAGCCUCCAUACUAUUGAUAUCAAGUUAAUUUCCCAUGUUGGAAAAAAAUAAUCUCCUUCGCAAUGUAAUUUGGAAAUAAGUCAAUGGAAACAUGAAAAUGACUGCCUGUCUACAAGGAGUCGGCUAAACAUAAGGAACGUUUUCAUAACAAUAUUAUUCUAUGGGCGCUUCUGUAAGGUGGAUGAUCAUCUUAAUAUAAAGAAAAAAGGGAGAUGAACAAAAUUGUCAAACAAGACUGAUGUACCACAAGUGUUGACAAGUACAGUGUGUGACGGAGAAAUGUACCACAGCUUAACUGGAAGAGGAAGCCCUUAACUGCUGAUGACAAUGCUUCAAUGUCCCCUUUUCUGGCAUAAAUCAACUAUGAAUAUGUUUCAAGCAUCACAAGACAACCUUUUCAGAGUCUUCUGUAUUCUUAGUAAGAUGAGUUUCUGGACAUGCUGUCAUGAAAUGAGACCCUGGAUUUUGAUGCUCUUGUACAUAUGGACAAAUCACUGAAGUUCAAUUUAAAGGGUCCACUGCAGUCCCUUAUAAACAAUUGUUGAACCUAACCAUUAUAGUUUAUAAAUUUUAAGACAUUUAUGGGAUAUCUUAUUUGGCUUAUCUAUGGGAUAUGAGUAGCUAUGUUUUACCUGUAUUUAAUUCAGCCAGAUUCCCUGUUUAAAAAUAAAAUUACUGAAUUGUACAUUAUUAAAAUUAUUCUGACAGUGGACAAACAACAUAA